AUGUCAACAUCCCUCGUUCGCCAUCUGCCAACAGAAUUUGUUUCAGCCAGCAUUCGUGUCCUUGGUUACGCGUCAUGUCUACAACAACUGCCCUUAGUCCUUGGUCAUCUCCACCACCCCGAAACAGCUUGUUACCUUGGCAAUGGCACCUCCACUAAAAACAAUCGCUGUCGCCUCAUUUUGCUCAAGGUCUUGGUGCUGAUCUUGCGCAGCUUUGCUAAUACAAAGGUACGCAACACAGCACUUGCAUAUGAACGUGCCCUCAACAAACCAACUUAUUAUCUUGCAUAG